AUGUUCGGCCGUCCAGUGGAUGUCUCUGCGUGCACGCUGUUGACAAGGGUACCUUACAAUGCCAUCUUCCAGACGCCAGGCGCUCUCCCGCUCCUGCUCGAGGCAGACCCGCUUUUUACUUACCAACUGAUCUGCGGUGGCAACAAGCUCACCUCCCAACUGGCAGCUCAAAUUGCAGACACAUACAAAGCGGGGAAUGGCUAUGGCCCUACCAAGGCAAGCAUCCAAUGUACAAAGCUCAGGCUGGCGAGGCAGCCUUUGGAAAGCCUCCUUGGCAACAAGGAGCUCACCCGGGCCAGGUUCCCCCCUGAUCCGUACGAUGGCGCUGGAAAUCCGGCAACAAGGAUGUAUCGUACCGGAGAGCUCCGCCGCUUCUGCGCCGAUGGCGAGAUUGAGUAUCAGAGCCAAAUCAACGGACAAGUCGAGCUGUUUGGCCUACUUAUCAAGACAGGCAAAGUGAAAGUUGUUAUUCUGGACGAUCCAGAUCUCCCGUCCUGCACCGUUGUCAAGGUGGAGCAAGGAGACACCCAUUGGCUCUUUGCUUUCGUGUGCAUCGCAAAGCGGCUCCUGGAUAUCGUGUUUGCUGAUACGGCCGGAUGGGAGAAGACGUCAGAUCCAUCACAGCUUUGGAUGGCCAUCCAUAGCAGCGAGGAAAGCCAAGCCUGGCUUCUGCGCAAGGAAGAGACAAAGACACGCAUCGCGCUCAAGCUGCUGGAGCAUAUGGUGCUGCACUGGAUUGUGCCAGUGGAGACCAUGCCAAGGACAGCCAGCGGCAAGACGGACAUGUGA